UUCGGUCAUAAAAUUAAAGGGGACACAAUCUCUAUCUUUAUUUUGCUGGGACUCUGCGAAAAAAAGUUUAUCCUUUCUUCCUAAAUCCAAUUUUCCUUUCAAUGGCUGAAGCAGCUUCCAAUGUUCCAACAACAAUACCCUCAGUACACAAGGCUUGGAUCUACCAAGAGUAUGGAAAAUCCUCCGAUGUGUUGAAGCUGGAUGAAAAUUUCCCAGUUCCAGAAGUGAAUGAAGAUGAGGUGCUGAUCAAGGUUAUUGCUGCUUCAAUUAAUCCUGUUGAUUUCAAGAGGAUGCUUGGUGCCAUAAAAGAUAAUGACACUCCUCGACCUAUUGUUCCAGGACACGAUGUUGCUGGGGUGGUGGUAAAAGUGGGAAGCAAAGUGAACAAAUUCAAGGUUGGUGAUGAAGUCUAUGGAGAUAUAGCUGAAAAAGCUUUGUCCGAACCAAAACAGUUCGGAACUUUGGCUGAAUACACGGCGGUUCAAGAGAAAGUAUUGGCUCUGAAACCCAACAAUCUGAGUUUUGUGGAAGCUGCUAGCCUUCCUCUGGCUAUUGAAACAGCCUAUGAAGCAUUUGAACGAGCUCAACUCUGUUCUGGUAAAUCAGUUCUUAUUCUUGGAGGUGCCGGUGGAGUCGGAACCAUGGCUAUUCAGCUAGCUAAGCAUGUUUUUGGAGCAUCCAGAGUGGCAGCUACAGCAAGCACUGCCAAACAAGACUUGUUAAGGAGCUUGGGUGCUGAUUUGCCCAUUGAUUACACUAAGGACAAGUAUGAGGAGCUUCCUGAGAAAUUCGAUGUAGUAUUCGAUGCAGUUGGGGAAGGUGAACGACCGGUGAAGGCAAUGAAAGAAGGUGGGAAAGUGGUAUCGAUAAUGGGUCCAAUAGCUCCACCAACUGUCAUAUUUGUUCUGACUUCAACUGCUACUACUUUGGAGAAGCUGAAGCCUUACUUCGAGAGUGGCAAAGUAAAGCCAGUGCUUGAUCCCAAAACCCCAUUUCCAUUUUCCAACACUCUGGAGGCAUUUUCCCACCUUGAAACUUGCAGGGCUAUUGGAAAGGUUGUUGUCCAUCCAAUCCCAUGAUCAUGACUUGAAAAUCCUUCUUUCUUUUUCCGUGAUAUUGCUAAGGGUAAACGAAAUGCUCAAGUUAUUUGAACAAGAGAGGUUUUAAUCAAUACCGUUAAUUUGUCAUCCAUGCAAAAGUAAUACCGUUUUAUUUAAAUUUUUUUAAUGGGAUAGAACCUUGCCGGAUCAUCAUGUAAUCACUAGACUCUUGAUCUGUUAUUUUUCUUUUAAAUUUCUUUCUUUUUGGUAAUGAAAAUAAAAUAAAGGGUUUUUAUUUUUAUUUUUUAA